ACGACCUCAUCGAGCGCGAUGGACGUGGACCGGCGCCAUAUCCUGUCGCAAGACGUGUUUCGAGCGCUCAUGCGCAUCGAAGCUCGGCUCGAGUGGAGCGUCACCGAGGCCGACGUCGCUACGUCCUUGCAUCUGCCCGACGACUACGUCCGGAACGCGGUGCAAACGUCGUCUCAGUUUGUCGGGCCCGGGCCAGGCGCGUACGACCCGAAACCACGCCUGGCUGCGCCGCACGUACCAUUGCUGCGCUCGGGCCCUGCGCGGGAGGUUCACUUCACACCCGACCACAUGGUCUCGAAAGAGACGUACCGCCUCGGCCGUGAGAGCGAGCGUACGUGUGUCUACCCCAGCCUCGCAAAGGCGAGUCCGGUUCGUCGCAAGGGACCACCGUCGGCAACGACACCUGCAACGACGCCGGUGAUCUCGCCGUUGCCGCCCCGGCGCCGACACGGCGUCCGAGAAAUGAUCAUCCACGAGCCGUCGGUGGGCUCGCUGCCAGCGAUUGGGUUUUCAUUUCCGCACGCCGAGCGCCCGUCGAAUGCAUCGAGUGCAACGCCCGAGCACGUGAGCGCCGCCACGUACGACCCGCGCCCGUUGUCCAAGCCACUGGACGUCGAGCCGUCGCGCAUGAUUGUCGGCUUCCACUCGUCGUUGCAUCGUGAGCCGCAGUGGAUGCCCAACCCGGACCGCGUGCCGACCGACGAGAUCUAUCGCGAGCGUCUGCAGCGGCAAACGCGCGCUGCCAAAACGAUCCUGGCGACGCCCGUGGUUUCGGGCGACCGCAGUGGGGGACCCAAGGCUCCCGGGCCGCGCGAGCCCAGCUUUGAUCCGUUCGAGUGGGUCAAGAAGCAGCCGGACGCGGCGUACAAGAUGAGCAUGAUCAAGGCGCACUUGCACGCCGUGCUCGACACAAGCGACGGCAGUAAUCAAUUUCCGCUCCGCGUGGCGACGCCAGACUACUUUCGCCGCGGGUCCGCCGAGCCCGCCGAGGCGACGCCGUCGGCGCUCGCGCUGCCCGACGACGACCACCGCGCGCCCAUCACGUGCCACUUUCCCAACGGCCUCUCGCUCACGUUUCGCAUGAGCGUCGCGCGGUCCGUGCGGGACCUCAAGGUCGCGAUCGCCAAGAAGCUCUCGGCGCGACCGACGCUUGAAACCAAGCACCUCGACUUGCGCGGGCAGGACGUUCAGCCCGACAUGCUCCUUGUGUAUUUUCACGGGAAAGCCCUCGAGGACAAGGCGCUCCUGAUGGACGCGGGCCUCGACGAUCGAAGCCACGUGGUCGUUGCGUUCGACGUCAAGCCCCGAUAAUACACACGGCUAUGGUUAUUGUCA